CGGUCCUGGACUAAUUAUCGAGACUAAAGCAAGACAUAAACUGUGCUUAAUAGUUUUUUAAGGUUUUAAUAAGAUUUUUGUGAGAAUUGAUGGCAAUUCACCAAAUGGUGCCUAAAGUGGGGGAGGAGAUUCAGCAUUCGAGUCAUCCACAGCAUCCAUUGUAUCUUGUCUUUGCGCAAUCACUGUACACCUGUGGCGGGUGUAAGGAAUAUGGAGCCGGACUCAGAUACAGGUUUAGCUUUAAGGUGCAACAAGUGCAACUUCCACAUGCACGAAUUCUGUGCCAAGGCUCCACCCACGGCCAUCCACCCAUACCACACGCAGCACCAGCUCCUCUUCCACAACAAACCAGCCGGACUGAAGAAACCCAAAUGCGGGGUUUGUGGAGAAGCCACCAACGGUUCCGCCUUCCGCUGCAAAACCUGCUCAUUCUGUAUUCAUCCAUGCUGCUUGCAACUUCCUCCCGAGCUAACCGUGAAGGAAGAUCCUCAGCACUCCCUCAAGCUCUUAUCUGCCUCACCGUUACCCAACAAUUCCCCUUACACAUGCAAUGCAUGCAACAAAAAGGGCACCACCUGGGUAUAUUACUGCGUUCCCUGCGAAUUCUAUCUCCAUGCUCUCUGUGCAAAAGGUGUCAUAAAUGGGCUCCAGUCGCAGGGAAUCAGUGCGCCGCCUAAGAUGACAAGGGUUGCAAAGGCUGCUCAUUAUGCUUCUCAGGUUGUUCGGAUCUUCGUGGACGGACUUCUCGAAAGCCUCGGCGAGGGUAUUGGGGAUAUUAUCGUGGAUGCGGUAACUCGUGGGCUUGUUCCUCCCGUCGCCGAUGGUGAUGCUAAACGUGGGCCAUAUUAAUUUUCUUCCGCUGCUUUUCUUAAUGUUUUUUGAGAGAUGUGCUGUAAAGCUAUUUAUAUUUGUAUGGUAUCGGUGCUUCUUCUUGCCUCA